CCGGAAGUCUCGGGGGAGGGGCUAUUACGUACAUCCGGCAAGUAGCUGGCGGUCCGGGUUAUUGCCGUUCUGUGUGCUCUGAGGCAGGGUCGAAGUGGCCGGUCGACGCCGGAGCAGCCCCUCGGGCCGUAGUAAGCAUUAAUAAUGUCUUUCAUCUUUGAGUGGAUCUACAAUGGCUUCAGCAGUGUGCUCCAGUUCCUAGGGCUGUACAAGAAAUCUGGAAAACUUGUAUUCUUGGGUUUGGAUAAUGCAGGCAAAACCACUCUUCUACACAUGCUCAAAGACGAUAGACUGGGCCAGCAUGUUCCAACACUGCAUCCAACAUCAGAAGAACUGACAAUUGCUGGAAUGACUUUUACGACUUUUGAUCUCGGUGGGCACGAGCAAGCACGUCGGGUUUGGAAAAAUUACCUUCCAGCAAUUAAUGGAAUUGUCUUUCUGGUGGAUUGUGCAGAUCACUCUCGUCUCAUGGAAUCCAAAGUUGAGCUUAAUGCUUUAAUGACUGAUGAAACAAUAUCCAAUGUGCCAAUCCUUAUCUUGGGUAACAAAAUUGACAGAGCAGAUGCAAUCAGUGAAGAAAAACUCCGUGAGAUAUUUGGGCUUUAUGGACAGACCACAGGGAAGGGGAACGUGACCCUGAAGGAGCUGAACGCCCGCCCCAUGGAAGUGUUCAUGUGCAGUGUGCUCAAGAGACAAGGCUAUGGCGAAGGUUUCCGCUGGCUCUCCCAGUAUAUUGACUGAUGUUUGGACAGUGAAAAUAAACAAGUUUUACUUCUCUGGACUGAUCCUAUUCACAGCUUCCUCAUGAACUUUUCUAAUAGAACAAGGAAAGCUCUCCAACCAUGUCUGGCGUUGAGAAGCCAGGAGUCUGUCAGCUCUCUCAUCGCCCAGUGGUGACAUGUGCUCUUCUCCACACUGUCGGGAGGUAAUGGUGCCCCACGUGCUGGCGCAGGUCAGCGUCCCAGGACUUGGAAGCUGGCAGGAUUUGCUGGGUAAAGCUGCAUGCCAUCAUGGGGCACCUGAAAAGAAAAACACGUCUCACCACUGUGGUUGAUUUAAAAAGAAAGUGAUUCUAUUUUUUAAGGAAAGUGUUGUUAAUGUAAUUGGUGUCCCUCCUAACUUUUUGAGUUCACAAUUUACUUGGUCCAGAGUUUUCUAUUCUUUUUUUUUUUUUAAUCUAGUAAAUAAAAUGGCAUAUAGAUAUUCAUAAAAUUAUGAACAGAUACACAUUGGAGACCAGAGCUCAGCUAGGUGGUCUUACUCCUGUUGAAUUAGCAGGUUGGUGAGGGGCGCCCCCCUGAGUCCCCCUGUCUCAGUAACUGCCAUCACUCUGUGCACAGAUAACUAGAGAAGCGGCAGCCCCCUGGCCCUGCAGGUGCAGCAGGUUUCUAGUGUGGCGAGCAGGGGUCAUUCCUCAUCAUGGAACGUACAGUGAUUGCUCACUGAGGAGGGGUUGAGUAUAGAGUGGGUUAUCUUUAUUGUUUUUACCUAUAAAGUUACAGAUUUCAGCCAGUGUUCACUUUUAUACUGUUGUGAAAUUUCAUUCGUGUCUGUAGCACCUUCCUUUUUCAUUUUCAGUUAUAAAAAGUGACUUUUGCUUCAUAAGAGUUGAGAUUACUUUCACAUUUCCCGUGCUGCAGCUGUGUCUCAGUUACUUUUGCACAGAUUCUGGGGGGAGGUUUUUCUGACUAGGAGAGUCACACAGAGCAAAGUUAACGGCUUGAGGGCUUUUAAUUCUCUAAGUAGAGGACUUCAAAUAGGGUACUGUUACACAUUUUAAUCUCGGAAAGAUUUACUCAGUAGGGCUUUAAAAUUUCCACUUCCAGAAUUUGGUCUCUUUAUUGCACUGUUCCUGAAUGCAGUCUUUUUCUUACACCUGUUCUCUUUAUCAGUUACCUAUUUGUGUGUGUGUUUAAAGUAAAGGUUAACAUCUGUAGCUUUUCCAGACACAUAUAUAUUUUAAUUUGGUGUGAAAUUGCCCUUUCUCCAAAUCCAGAACUGGGGCAAACACUAAUCCAAGACCUCUGUGUAGGGCUGUUCGUUUUGAGCCAGCGUGGCUCAUCUUCAGAUAGUGAACAGCCGGUGUCCGCCCAUCAGCACCCCCGGUAGCGUGCGUGAGGGUUGUUCUCAGAGCGUUCCGCUUCUCCUAGUGCCCUGUUUGAAACUGAAUGUUCACGAUCUUAAGCUGUAUUCCACCCUGGGGGUGAAAGAUGAAAGGGUAGGAGAUGGUCUUAAGAUGGAGGAUAUCUCUACUUAUUUUUUCUUUAAUGAAAGGCUAGAAGUAAUUUCUUCAAAAUUGAGAAUUGUGAUGUCGGAGCUUAUUUGAGAGGAUUAACAGUGAACUCCUGGCUCUGGUGUAAAGGUAGGCAAGUGUGGAUAACAUUCUCCUGUGGAUGAGAAUCAUUCUUAAUUGAAUUUCUCAUUCUUAGUCUUCAGUUGGACCUGUUGGGAAAGCAUACUUUUUCACUGCCAGGUACCAAAUGCAGAGACUUGAUGAGAAAGUCUGAGAAGAGCAUGCAUUUCAUUUAUUAGCAAGGCAUAGCUGGAUUAAGUCUAUCCUGUUGGUUCGGGAAGGGAUUAAAAGCCUCAUGUGAAUAAAUCUAGCUGAUGGUGAGUGAACUCCGUAGUUGACUUACAUCCUUUAUAUAUUUCCUUUGGCUAAGGGUUAGCCGUACUUCACUAUCCAGAGACAUGAGAAGUAUGGUUGCUUCAGUGUUAGUUUUCUUGUUUGUUUUCCCCCAUAUCUGUCCCUAAUCACUAUGGAUUCUAGAUAGGGCAGCUCUUUGUGAAAGUGGUUUAUUUUGGCCACUGGAGAAAGAGGGAUUGAAAAGUCAAGUAGCACCAGUCUGUUUCUUGCCCCACUGAACACCAUUCCUAUAAUAAGACAGCUGAAACAAACAGCUGCGAGGAGCUCUGCGCCGUAGGCUAAGGAUCAGAGCUUUGUACAGGAACUCCCAGGAAUUGAGACUUUUCAUUCUGUUUUAUCAGAGUGCAUACAUGUCCUAUUUCAGGAAAAGUCAAAUAGUCAUUUACAAAAGAAAGUCUGUAUCCUGAGCAUUUUAAUAAAAAGUUAAAACAGA